AUGGUUUGCUCCAUAGCCGAGUCUAGAGCUAAGCCCAAGGUUUUCAAUGUGAUGGACUAUGGUGCCAUUGCAAACGGAAAAACAGACAAUAGCAAGGCUUUUUUGAGAGCUUGGAGAGAGGCAUGUGAAUGGGAGGGAAAGGCUAGGGUUUUAAUACCACAGGGAACGUACAUGUUGUACCCAGUGGAGUUCAUAGGUCCUUGCGAAGGUCAUAUGGCCUUUGUUAUUAGGGGCACUCUAAAGGCUCCAAGUGAAGCUGCACAAGCAGGCUUUUACAGUGCUGAGAAAUGGAUAAACUUCCGAAACGUCAAAGGAUUGGGUGUCGGAGGAGGCGGCACCGUGGACGGCCAAGGAGCAGCAUCUUGGCCGCUUAAUGACUGUGGAACGAACGCCAAUUGCCAAACUCUUCCCACUACGAUGAGAUUCGACUUCGUGUCGAACGCGAGAAUUCACCACCUGAAAUCCAUCGACAGCAAAAGCACUCACUUCACUAUCUUCGGAUGCGAAAACCUCAACAUCACCAAGGUCCAGAUCUCGGCCCCGUCCGACAGCCCCAACACGGACGGGAUCAAGAUCGGGACGUCUCGCCACGUGGGGAUCUCACGUGCCACCAUCGGGACCGGUGACGACUGCGUAUCGGUCCUCCCCGGCAGCUCCGACAUCCGAAUAUCGGAGGUCGUGUGCGGGCCCGGCCACGGGAUCAGCGUGGGGAGCCUGGGAAAGUACGUGGACGAGAAGGACGUGAGGGGAGUGAUAGUGAGGAAUUCUAGUCUGAGGGAAACUAGCAAUGGAGUUAGAAUCAAGACUUGGGCUACUGAUUAUGCUAGUACGGCUUCUGGUUUUCUGUUUGAAGAUAUUGUGAUGGACAAUGUUCUUAAUCCCAUCACUAUUGAUCAGAAUUAUUGCCCCCACGGUGCUUGCAAUCAGAAGGCUUCUUCUCAUGUGCAAAUCAGCAACGUGGUGUACAAGAACAUCUGGGGAACUUCGAGUUCAGAGGUUGCCGUCACUCUGCAAUGCAGCGAAAGCGCGCCGUGCAAUAACAUAGUGCUGGGGAACAUCAAUUUGUCUUAUCACGGUUCAGGAAGAGCUCCAAGCUCACAUUGUUCUCAUGUCAAUGGCUUCUCUUUUGGCAAACAAAGCCCUCCUUCAUGCUUGUAG